AUGAACGCUAUGGACAACGAUGAACUUCUCCGCAUGGCCGAACUCCGUGUAAAUCCGGUGCUCGACGCUCUUCACAACGCUUUCGACGAGUUUUCUCGUGUCGUGGUGAGGCCUUUAAUUGAAUUGAGUGAAUCUCUAAGUGAUUUGCAGAGAGCCCGGCCCUCGCCGUCGACCGCUUCCAUUGUGGAGACGAUGAGAGAGGAACUAAUUGCCUUCGUCAACGUGAUCACCAUGCAAAUGAACACUGGAAAUGUAUUCGGACUUGUGGUAAGAGAGAGAGAGAGACGGCGUUGUGUAUACGGAAAAUAACAAGUUCUAGAAUCAUCUACUUGAUGCCGAGAACUUGACUCGGAAUAUCAUCAUGUUCACGCACGACGUUCGUUACGAGCACGGAGUCCGCGGAUUCCACGUUCCCAAUUGA